CUUUCUAAGAAGAUGCAGUCACUCCUGCUCCUGUUGGCCUUCAUUCCGUGCCCUGGGACUAAAGCAGGGAAAAUCAUUGGGGGCCAUGAAGCCAAGCCUCAUUCUCAUCCCUACAUGGCAUUUCUUCGGAUCUGGACUCCAGAUGAUGUGAAAAUAUGUGGGGGUUUCCUUGUGCGUGAAGACUUUGUGCUAACAGCAGCUCACUGCGGGGGAGGCUCAAUAAACUUCACCUGGGGGGCCCACAACAUCGCGGAGCAGGAGAAGACGCAGCAGGUCAUUCCUGUGGCAAGGGCCAUUUCCCAUCCGAGCUAUAAUUCUAAGAGACCCUUCAAUGACAUCAUGUUACUGCAGCUGAAGAAGAAGGCUAGGUUGACUGCUGAGGUGCACCUUCUGUCACUGCCCAGAGGAACACAGGUGACACCGGGGACUGUAUGCAGUGUGGCCGGCUGGGGGCGCAUUGGAAUAUUCAAAAAAACACUGAAACUCCAUGAAGUAGAGCUUAAAGUCCAAAACAAUGAGCAGUGUAUUUCUCGCUACAAAGACCUUUAUAAUUACACUACCCAAAUAUGUGUGGGGGACCCAAAGAAGAAGAAGACUUCUUAUAAGGGGGAUUCUGGAGGCCCUCUCGUGUGUAACAGUGUGGCCCAGGGAAUUGUCUCAUUUGGAAAAAAGAAUGGAAAACCUCCACGUGUCUACACCAGGAUCUCAAGUUUUCUGUCCUGGAUAAAAACUACAAUGAGACAGUUCAAACUGCUGGGACCAGGCUGAGGUGCUUCCAGGAUUGAUCUGUCCAUCUUCUCCAGGAAGAGUGCAUAUGAUGGAGAGAGUGGGAAGGAGGCUCCCGGAAUUAAUAAAUUGUAUAUUUGAGAACUGGAUACUCUGCCCCUUUAACAUAUAAUCUGGGUCACUGAUUCUAAUCCACUAAUACAUCAGACAUGAGCCAUACCUCUAAAUGAAGGAUAGUCAAAGAUAGCCCUGGUAGAAGAUGCUAUUUUCUUUGUACCACAUCACUUCAGUCCACUUGUGACUUGAGCUGUACCACAAGUGUCCAGGCAUCCAACCAUCUCUCUGCUUUUCUGUCUCAGGGUAGUCUCUAAAGUUGUUGAAAUUUUCUCUGUUUAAACAGGCUCAAUCCACAAGUGCAGAAGACUUAACACUACCAAAGACAGACUUUCAUUAAAUUGAGGAUGGGAAUUAGCAGGUAAAUGACCAAGCUUUUUAAUUUUGGAAAGACAAUGCUGAAACCCAUACUAUGUGGAUCCUUAGAGAGUCCUCAGACAGAUUCGGCUCCGGUCACCAACAACAAUAAACAGCUCAGUAAUUCACUGUUGGUGUCCCUUCUUUUCCUGUCUUAUUCUUUCUACUCCCUCAUUCCAAUCUCUUGGAAUCAUUUCCCAAAUAUAUUAUCUCUAUUUAAUAUUUGUCUUGGGCUUCCUUUUUGAGAGGAAAGCUUAAGACAUAACUGUACUGAGUAGAAUAAUCCCCAAAAAAAACUCACGUCCACCCUGAACCUGUGAAUGUGACUUGAUUUGGAGAUAGGAUCUUUGUAAUGCAAUCAAGUUAAAAUGAGCUCAUGCUGAAUUGGGAUGGAUACCUAUCCAAUGACUGGUAUUCCUUUUAGAGAGGGAAACUGAGGCACAAAGACCCAGAAAACUUUAUGACAAUGGAUACAAAGAUUAGAGCAAUACAUUCACAAGCCAAGGAUUGCUGGCUACCCCUAAAUACUGGGAUAAGCAUGAAACAGACUCUCUCAGACAACUCCAGUAGAAACCAACUCCAUUAAGACCUUGAUUUCAGACAUCUGGCCUUCAGAACUAUGAGAAAAUAAAUGUCUUCUCUGAUCCCACCAAUUCAUGGUACUUUGUUAUAACAGCCCUAAGAAACUAAUACAAUACUCCAAAGUGCGUUAGUCAGAGUCCAAGAAAACAGAAUUAAUGUUUAUUACAGGGAACUGAUUACAUAAGAGAAACCAAAGAGGGAAAAGUGAAACAAUUCAGAUACUAAAAAUCAGCUUUUUGUGGCUGAGCUCUUUGAGUUCUUUGUAGAUUCUGGCUAUUAAUCCCUUAUCAGAAAUACAGUUUGUGAGACCAACAGUUAGCAUAAUGGCUAUGUUG